CAAAGAAUGUCAAAUUUUUACUGCAAGAACACACCUCGGCCUUGCCCGUAGUUGAUGCAGCUGGUGCAAUUUUACACCUUAGAUGUAAAAAUGUUACGCACAAUUAUAAAAUUUGCCUACCAACGACAAAAAACACUGGCACGAUGUUAUGUACGUCGCGCCCGCAAUCCCGGAAUUGAACGCCGGAUGAAAUUGCUAAAUGAUGAUCAAUUGCAAACCAGCGCAGAGGAACUGGACCAUAUGGAAGAAGCCGAUUUCAGUCAAAUACAUCAAUCUCACAAACAAUACGAACAAGAAGUGGAACAGCACCGGGAACGUCUGCAGUCCUGGAUCGUCGGUAAUAAGUACUUCAAAACGAAACAGCUAAACUUCCUGACCUGGUCGGAAAAGGAACAAAUCCGCUACUUGCGCAACUUCGACUCGGAAGAGUGGACCAUCGACAAACUGGUGGAAAGUUUUCCGGCAGAUAAAUAUACGAUAGUUAAGAUUCUUAAAGCAAAAUGGAUUCCACGCGAUGCUAGCCGAGUGCAACGGCACGACGAAGCGGUCCGUGAAAACUGGGAACUGUUCAAAUCGGGCAGAAUCAAAAACAUUGACGACCGCUUUGCGGAGCACUUGGGUAAAUUUGUGAAUCGUAAUUUUCAGGAAGUUACAAAGCCUAAAACUGCGGCUAAACGUCUGUACGAAAUACGCCCGCUGCCGGAGGAUGGGGAAUUUUCCAAAAUUAUCACUAGUUGUAAGAAGUACUCUAAAGCUUCCGAGGAAGCGUCGGAAAUUCCGCAAAUAGGCAACCAGGUAAUGGAACCAACUAUUCCGGAAAUUCCGUUUAAAGCACCAAAAACGGACGUCUUUUUGAUGGGGGAAAUUACUGAUCGUGCUCCGAAAACGCUGGCUCAGAUGAAAAGAGAGCUGGGUCAGCCGGUAGGUAGCGAAUCUACUCAGGAGUCUCAGGAGCCUGCUAGCUGCAGUGUAGGGGAGAAUGUUAUACUAAAUGUCAAAAAAUAUGAUUCGGACAUGGUUUCCUUUGAUCAAGAUAAACGCGCCGCGACAGAUAUUAAGGAAUUUAUACAAAUACCGAAAAAGCUGUACAAAAAAGGCGCGACGUAUCAACUGGAUGAUUGCUUCUAUGAUGACGACGGAGAGUUCCUUUAUCGAGUGCCUGGCAUGACCGGAAGAGUAAAGCGUUGAUUUGCGCUGGUUGCAAUGACGGAAUAGUAAUACAACAGUCGCAGCACAUGUUUUAAGAUUAGCGAUAAACAUGCGAGUAAGUACAGAAAAUUAUCAAAUUAUAACUUUAAAAACAAUAGUUUUGUUUUACUUUGUGCAAGCUUACAGUGGCACCGAAGUGUGCAUGGCGAUGGAAGGUUUCAAUCUGUUAAAACUUGUUCUAAAUAGAGUAUGCUAAAACACGUCUAGUUAGUUGUCUGAGACGUGCAGCUUUAUUAGUACAAACGCCG